CGACGCCCGAAAUCGAGGAGUCGGUUCACGUAUGUCGUGACAGCGGAGGUGUCUUAAAGUAGCCUACUUGGGAGUCUUCCACGUUCACCACAUCAGCUCCCGUUGUUGCCCAACCGCACGCCCUACUCAUCCAAUAUCCCUCAUGGCUCGAACAAUGUCUCGAACCUCAUCUACCGAGAGUGUCAUUGGUCUGAACACAGAGGCAAUGGGAGCUCCUGAGACCUCCAAACCGUCACGGCGCCCAUUAGGCUCCAACCUUCCAGGAGCUCCCAGCCUUACCAGCUAUGUAACUGCCCGGUCCACCACCUCUAGCUACAAAACUGCACGGUCGCAUUUUACCGAAGCAGGAUCCAUUGAAUCUUCAUCACAUCACCGAAGACGGGUAGAUCGCAUCAUGUAUGCUUUCGCUCGAUCCAAGGGUGGUGCAGAAAUGUUAGAGCGCACGAUAAUGCACCGAGACAGCAAUGUUGCGCAAAAAUCGCAGGUUCCGCAACCGCUGCUAGUGGUUGACAGCGAGUGGACAGAAUAUCUUCGUGAACGCGGAAUACUGCUUGACCCCCUGUACGAGCUCGAUUGGUCCGGUUGGGGACAACACCUUGAGUACAAAUCCAGCGAAGAGACUAAAAUACCACUCGACACAGAGAAGGCACUGGGUUAUAGUGGAACCGCACUUGUUGAGAGCGUCAUGUGCCGUCGAAUACGGCUAGCCAGAAAGACUGUCCGAUGCAGCCGAAGGGUGACGCGAGAAGAGGCCAUAGUUGAAGUUGAACAUCUCCAGCGACUUCUAUACUCUCACAUUUUUAGGGUUGUGGGAACUUAUACCUUGAGGAAGGACCUCGCGAUUCUGUUGUAUCCAGCUGCUGAGUACAACCUCGAGCAAUACAUGGAUCACGUGACAGAUACAUCGUCCACCUAUCCGACAAAACCACGAUCCGAAUACCUCAGUACCUUUAUGGGGUGCCUUGCUAGAACGGUAAGAUUCCUUCAUGAGAGCAAUGUGAAACAUAUGGACAUUAAGCCAAGAAAUAUCUUGAUUCGACGAAAAUUCGACUCAAUCGAUCAAGAAUGGAAGGUACGCACCAAAACAUCCAUCCGAUUUCUAACUCAUGGAUCCUUUCGAUAUCGACUUACCCUCUCAGGUAUAUCUGGCAGACUUUGGAAUCGCACGCGCCUACUCGAGUGCUGCUGAGGCCGAAUCUGGGUCACCUAUCUCCUACACCCGCACCUACGCUGCCCCUGAGGUGGUAAUGCAGGAGAAGCGGGGUUUCGGUGCAGAUAUAUUCUCGCUCGGUUGUGUGUUUAUCGAUAUGGUGGCUACCUUGGGGUCG